UAUUUAUUAAUUUAUUUAAAUUUCAUUGCACAAAAUACAAAUGUAUAGCAUAAUUAGUGGACUUCAUGCUGGAAGCAUUAUCUACCAGUCAACCAAUGGGUCUGACAGAUAAAUUUAUGUGGGGUUAAACUAAAUAAAUAUAUUUAUACUUACACUGAAAUAAUAUAAUUAUAAUAUACAUACAUAAAUACUACAAUAGAUAAACAAUAUGCAUAAAUAAAUAGGUGCAGCGAUUACCGAAAUGAGUGAAAAGGCUUAUAGGUACUAAAUACCCUCGCGACUCAAGAAAAACCCGUAUACCCGUGAUUUGAAACUAGAACGACUUGGGGAUGUCCUGAUGGACUCAGGAAUUGAAUACGUUCAUGACUGUAAUUCCAUUUCAGAAAAGUUAUUCGUUCCCGAAACAAUAGAACCUGUUUUUUGCGUAAUUUUUAUCAAUUACUAACCUUUUACUCUCAAUAACUUGCUUCAUAAUAUAAUUUUGCUGGUGAAAUAAUUAAUAGAUAUCGAAAGAGCAUAAUUGAAUUUUCUUGUUCGCCGUUGAACGAACUAAGUUAUUAAUAUCGACUAUUAAUGAUUCACAUAGUUCGGUACACAAAAGCUUUGUCAAUAUUUAUUUACGAGACUAAUAUAAUAUGCACAAUUUGUCCCUUGUGUUUUGGGUCUGCCUAUCACCGCGAUCCUGGAGUGAUUAGUCAGGUAUUAUAUACAUAUAAGUGAGGUAUACGAAAAUACUCCCGUCUGCCAUCCGCAAUCCUGCAGGAAAAGGCAAAUAAAUGAACUACUUUGCCAUCCGUGUAAGCAAUGUAAAAUUUAAAACUGACACUUUGUAAUGGAUCUUGCAUACUCGUACAAAGCGUGUCACUUUCAACUGUAUGCGGGUAUGAUUAUAUUAAAGGGUAAGACAUCAAAGUGAUGAGUUGUGGUACAAGUAAGUAACUCCGCCAAACGAAUUUCUGUUUAAAUGUCACAGAAACUGCCAGUCCUUUUAUUUGUUAGUCGAGCACUCAAUACCACACGAUAUAAAACAUUGCUACAAAUCUUUAUGCCUUGGCUAUGUGCCUCUUUAAGUCUCAUAAAUUCAUUUCAUUGCGCUUUCCUGCCCCACUAGGCUAAAAUGAGUGGGGUCGAGUAACACUCCAAAUACAUACUACUGGUAAAGGAGUGUUUAACACGUGUACGCCUUUCAUCCCCGAGAAUUGUCCAUUCGGAGUCAUUGAAUCUCUAGUACUGUGUUUUUUGUGACCAGAACUGCAAAAUAGUACUAGCUAACUACAAUGCCGGUUAAGCAGAAGGCGGUCUAUCAUCUAUUGAGCUUCUCCUUUGAAACCGUUGUGAACUUUAUAUUGUCACCAAAACCAAUGUAUGCAAUGUCUUCCUAUUACGAAUACCUGCAUUAAGUAGAAAAAGCUGUCUGAAUAAAUUGGCUUAACACUGACAUGGAUGAUAUGCAAAUUUUCCUCAAGUCUCUGGAGAUUAAGACUGGGCGAGAUGGAGAGAGAAAAUGUCUCGAAAUGUCAGAAUGUGGACCACGGAUUAUUAUUAUUGCGGCGUCGAAGCGAACUGGAAACACGUAGAGAUGACAGAAAGAGAGAGCGUUUUUACAGUAUAUUAUUAUAUAGCUGUGCCCGCGACUUCGUCCGCGUGGAAUAGUUAUUUUGGGCAUCAUUGAAGUCCUCAAGGAUGAAUAAUUUUCCCCGUUUUAUUCACAUUUUCCAUUAUUUUUUCGCUCCUUGUACGAGUAGUUCCAGCGUGAUGUUAUAUAGCCUAAAGCCUUCCUCGAUAAAUGGUCUGUUCAACGCAAAAAUAUUUUUAAUUCGAACCAGUAGUUCCUGAGAUUAGCGCGUUCAAAUAAACAAACUCUUCAGCUUUAUAAUCUAUAUAUAUAAAACUCUUCCGUUACUGAGUGACUGACUGACAGACAACGCACAGUCGAAACUACUGGUCGUAGACAGCUGAAAUUUGGAAUGUAGGUUCCUUGGGAUAUGUAGGGGAGCACUAAGAAAGGAUUUUUGGAAAUUCAACCCCCAAGGGGGGAAAAGGGGUAAAAACGUUUCUAUGAAAAAUCUUAUUCCUUGGGUUUAUAAACUUGAAACUUGGCAUGAACACGUACAUAGGCAAGUAAAUAUGUUUGACAUUAUAAGUUUUUUCAAACUACCCUCCAAUCGUGAUUUAGGGGGUGCGAUUGGGUGACCGAUUUAUUAACGCACAGCCAAAACCGCUCGGUAUAGGAGUCUGAGAUUUUGAACAGAGGUUCCUUUAGUAACAUAAGUGAGCACUAAGAAGGGAUUUUUGAAAUGUCAACCCCCAAGGGGGGGAAACGGGAUAAACUGAGCCGGGGCUGCGGGAAAGUUCUAACGAGAUACCGUGGCCCCGGAACGCAAAGGGCAACUGAAGGAACGAGGUGGGUUUUAGUCAGUAAAAGUCUGACACUCCCUUCCGUUCCACCCAGAGCGGGAGAGGUCAUUUGAUGAUUUCCCAUCCUUAAAAAAAAAGACUUUGUAUGACAACUUUCAGUCGUCUCUUUAACAUACAUAAUAACAUACAUAAUUAUGUACAUACAUGCAUAACAUUAAUAACAUCACGCCUUUAAAUCCCUAUUUUGUGUUAACACUACCCAUACAAACAGACAAACAGCUAAAAGGAAACAAGUGAAGAGACGAAAUUUGUCCGCAUCCAUUUUCACCUAAAUUCUUAACGUUAAUGAGAUUUACUUUUUAUUAUCAGGUCAACCUAAUAGCCUCACAUGUACGUAUAACUUCGUAAGAAUUUUCUUUCAACUCCUAACCGUUGAGGAGUUGUACCUUCCAUCAUCAGCUCAUUCACAUGGGAUGAUGACUAUCAGACGCAAAUACUUAAACAGAAGGAAAUCCUGUAAGGCCUCUUCGUCCUAUAAAUCCUAUUUUUUUUUUCUUUUGAGACGAUGAUUUUGUCUCGCUUUACUUUUUCUAUAUAGAUUUGUAUGUAUACUAAUAUUAUAAAGAGGAACAAUCUAUUUUUUUAUAUGUUUGUUUGUUUACACAUGUAAUCGAUAAACUCCGAAACUACUGAAUCGAUUUCAAACAUUCACCAUUAAAAAGCUACAUCAUCCCUGAGUAACACAGGCUAUAUUUAAUUCCAGUUGUAACAAGAUUUCAGCCUGUGGAAGAAAAAGCCCUGUCGAGAUCAUUAAAAAACGAAAAUAUAUAACCGAAUUACACGUGGGCGAAGCCGCGGGCGGAAAGCUAGUAUUAGUAUAAAUAAGCAAAUACUGUAAAUAAUGUCCAAGGAAAUAAAAAAUUAAGUAAGAUGUAAUAAUAGGGUUCAAUUACAUAAUUUAUGGUCGUUAUUGGUGUCGUUCCAAGCUUAUUAAAAAUAUCCGUAUCAUUCUCUAAUUUAUAUCCAUCCGGACGGACAGUAGUAAUUAGAAUAUUGUUACCAAUUACAUGUUAUACUUUUUUAUCGAUAAAGAAAAAACGCUAACUCCACUAAUGGUUAGUGUUACGAGUUGUAUAGUUACGAGAAUAAAUUUACCAAAUAAAGAAAAUUAUUACCUCUACGGAGAAAAGUUCAAAGUUGAAGUAUCAUUACAUAUGUAGUAUGUAGUAGCCUUGCAGAAAGCAAAGCCUGCUUCGAAGCCUUCUUCUUUUAAUCACGUAACGAAUUCUUAUGCAGUUUACACUGGUUUGGAGGUUCUUGCAAUCUGCUUCCAAUGCUUCAACUUUGUGUUCAACAUUUUGAAAACCACAAUACUUACUGAAAUUAAUUAUUUGUCCUAAGGAAAAAUUUAUAGUCUCACAAAAAUCCCUGAUGUCCGUUAACCGCAAGGCUUAAAACCCAAACCUUAUAAAACUAAUAUCGCUACGUUUGUAUCAAAAGGAUUCCCUUCAAACCCUGAUUAGCAUAAGGUUUCAAUAAGACAAUGUCAGCCUGUGUACAUCGACUCCACUAAUCUUUCGGAGCCCCAAUACAGUUACGCUCCGUAGUUGUCUUUAUGUACGGACCGAAGUUACCUAGCUUUGCUCAGUAGGUACAGUAUACUCAGUAGGUACAUUGUACAUUAUACCUGUCUAGAUUAUCUGAAUGAAUAUAUUGAAUUGAAUGAAAUCAAAUCAUACUUAAUUAAAUUGACAAAACCGCUUGCCUUUUCAAUAACAACGUUGAUAUACCCUACGAUUAAUGUUUUUACCCAUUAUUAAACCAGUGACUAUUGUAGUAGUUAGAACUGAAAUGUACAAAAUGAUAUGCAAUAAAUGAAUUGAAAUUGAAAUGAGCUCUUCACGCCCGAGUGACACCAGCUUUAAUGCAAAAUUGCUGUUUAAUAAUUAAUAUUUAUUCCCUCCGGGUACAAAGAGCAAAUAGUAAUGAGACUCGAAGGUCAAAUUAGUUGGAAAGCUUAGUGAAAUUCUAAAAUAGUGAAAGAUUUUCCCUUGGUUGACUUUUACAAAAGGAACCACAUAAUAUAUAAAUAAUAGUACAUCACGGAAGUAUUGUUGUUUUACUCGUAUUUUGUUAUACAACUUAAAAUUGUCUCGGUUUCAACACGAGAAAGAUUUAUCUUUCCAAAGCUGUCUAGCCAGACAAAACGAACGACUUAGUCUGGAAGAACUUCCGUAUAUUGGUAUCGCAGUCUUGCAUUACCAGACGUUUCAUGUUAGCUUCACCUAAACUAUUUUUAAGUUAAACGGUUGUGUACAAACAACACACUGCUUGAAGAAAUUUCUUUAGAAAUAAGUAGUGCGCUUGUACUGAAUUUCUCUUUAUUUUAAGAUUUAUUCUUAUUUGCCUUGAUGUACAUAAAUAAAUAAAUUUAAAAAAAACACACACACGCCACGCUUUAUUCUCCAGAGCUUUUGGCUGGUUUACUUUAGUUUUAAAUAUUUAUCUUUUUGUUUUUCGUACGUAAAUGACAAAAAAGCAAAUAACGCUAAAUGAGAAUCGUGUCUUGUCUCGUCAUAUGUGCGUUGUAACUGUGUAAUAAUAUUGUAAUCGAACUAAAAAAAAUAAAAUGGUACGAGAUUUAUCAGCACUUAGUGUAGGAAAUAAAAUCACGGUUACUGAUUCAUAUUAAAUUCAUACUAACCAGCUGGGUUACCGAGCGGCGGCGCUGUAAUAAAAUAGUAAAAACUUAAAAUAAAACUAUCUACCUAUUUCUGAAGAUCCAUAAAAUCAUCAAAUUACUACUCUCUAAAAUACCUAUUUUCCGGGUAGUUUUAUACAUAAUUAAUGCAGGAGUGAAUCAAUUGGAUUGGAUCUUUAGAUCAUAGAGAUGUAGCAUGUAAGCAAUGUGUUUUUAUCAUCUUAGUAGGUUACAAUAAUCACGUCAUUUACCGAAAUAAUUUUCCACCACAAACCACAAUUUAAUAAAAGAAUAAUGAAAGAUUGAAUAUUGUUCAAUCGCCUGAUAACUAGUCGAAGGAUUGAUGGGCUGAUAUUAAUGAGUCCACAAAAUAUUCUUAUUGUAUUUUCAGUUAUAUAAGAGUUCCGUGUUACUUCAGAAGGUCAGUUGAAUCUCUUAGUCGUAGUUAUUUUUUGGCAUUAGAACCUAAAAAUUCUGUGGUUUUGUCUCCUUAUUUCGGUGACCAGUUUCAGUAAGUUACUGCGGUGGAUUACGUCACGGGACCCGCCUGUGAAAAUUCCGCACGCAACUGUAUUAUUUACAGAGUAUAAGACUGUCUGACCGCCCAGAGUCCGCGCGUCUAUAAUAAAACAGGAAGUUAUAAAUUUCUCGGACAGUUAACAGGAGUUAUGUAUUUCCACUUGUCACGAUACCUGCGUUUCUUUCGCUUCAUUCGCAUUCAUCUUGCAAGCUGAAGACUCCACAACGUAAAAUUAACAGUAAUUAAGUAUCACCAUUGCGCCUUUUACCCGUUAGUGUAGUGGUUUAAUAAUAUUUAUCUGUAAUUUAUAUAGACUUUAUACGGACAAAUCAACAUAACUUCAAAGUAAGUUCAACUUGGUAGGAUACUCUUGUAAAGAAAGAUAUGGCGAAACUGUUAGAUUUCCCAAUUUUAACAGAACCGUCCUUUUGAAGCAAGGAAGAUUUAUUGAGUUUACAAUCUCAUCGGUAUUUUCCGACGAUAAAAGGUCUAUGUCACUUCCGUAUUCGAUUUUAUCGAUACUGAGACUUUAUUGAGGUACUAAAUUAAAUUUAAAAACUACCGUGAAGAAGUUUCUUCACGCUAUUUUUAUUGGGACAUGAUAGCUUUUUUAAAACCAAUUUAAAGUAGCAUUAUAUAUAUAAUAUACAUCAAAGCAUCAAAGGUUUUAAGUAAUUUAUUAAACUUCAACAAAUGUUGUGAAACCUAAAGAUAUAUUAAUAUCAAGAUGUUAUGUCACAUAAUGAUAAAUAAAAAAAUAAUAAUUUUGAAUUCAACUUUUUUUUGAUGACCGAUAAUUAGGAAAACUAUUUCUUUCCAUCAGGGGAAAUUAUCAGCACGUAUUAAUAAAGAAAUUAUAUGUUUGUAUGAAAUUAUAACUUAGGGAUGAUAUUUGAGGAUUUUCAGCAUAUUUGGCUGUGAUCACAGAAUUCUAUGACUAUAAUAAUCAGACGGAGGGAUUAACUGAUACAUGAUUGAUCUAAUAGGUGUUAAACCCUGUGGCUAUAGCUGGAAUGGCAUUUCAGUUAUCUGCACAAGGAGCUGUUAUAGUCUGUUCACUGUUUGAUUUAUAAGUACUUAACAGAAACUCAUUCUCAUACGUAAAGCGGUAAAAUAAAAUCUAGAAAAUUCCUUUUUUAAGGUGCCUUUUGAAAGUAAAGUAAGGAUUGUUUUUUAUCACUACCUCAUAAUGAUUUUGAUACCUAUGAUAAGUUUUUUAGAAAAUAUAGUGUUCUGUUAUUUGUGGAUUUUUUGAUGAUAAUAUAUAACUUUACUAAACAAAGCUCUUUAUAUGAUAACUGUACUGUUACAUGAAUUAGCAUGUUAGUAGAUUCACGAUAAUGCUGAGGUUAUCUAUAUUCUUCUUCUUCUUCUUGUACGAUCUUCCUCCAUCUAUCUCUGUCUCUGGCAGAGUGAUGGGCGUUGUGUAAAGUGGAAUCUAGUGGUCUAAUCGGACCCACGUAUUGGGCUGCGACUACGGGGUCUUUUUCUUUUAGGUAAUCCAUGUUCGUAGCUGCUCUUUGAUAACCAGAUACGAACAUGGAUUUUUUAUCUACAUUAGGAGGGUGAAUAUUUAUAAAGCGGCGAAUAUUCGUUUGUAUGUAGUUCCGCUUCUAAGUCUGGAUGGCUCUGUAAUGUAAUGACAUAGCCGCCAUGCGAAUACUGUUAGGACAUAUCCCUUUGAAGCGCGCAGUUUUACCGACAGUGCUCCGCUGUUAUAUCGGCUUUACUUAAAUACAUCGCGUUGCAACUUUGUACUCGGCCACAAACUUCGCCAUAGCCCAAAUAUUCGCCGUAGCUCGCUAAUGUAGCCUCAGUAUUACAUAGCCAUCCGAGGCCCGUCUUAGCUGAGAUAAGCGAUUAAUAUUAAACGAAAUCCGAGCCCGCUGGUCGCUCUGUAGGGUUACUCUUGACGCGGUCGAGUUACGAUCAAAAUCGAAUUGACAUCGAGAAUCAGUAAUUUGGUACUCUGGAAAACGACCGAAGCGCCAAUCGAGUUGUGGUCGAAUAGUGAACUACUUGAAAUCGAAAACCGCCGUUAUGUCUUACUCUCGACACUAUCGAGAUCGAGUUAUGCUCAUGUUUAAAUCGAAAACAUACGUCAAAUCACACGAUUCACAAGACGCUACUUUUUUGAAAUCAAAAGUGUGUUUUCAAGAUUAAAUUAUAGAAAAUAGGUAAGUUUCUUUAACAAUAAUGCUUUGAGAUACAAUAAUCUUUCUUCGUGAGUGAAAGUGCUGGGAAAUAUUUGCAAUUUUUUGUCUACAACUUUGUUUUGUGGAUUGAUAGCAGGAUGGCUCGACUUGCAGCACAAUUAAAUUUAUUGGAUGAAGCUGAGAGAGUUGACGCACGCCAAAGAAGAAGAAGAACGCAAAUAGCACGUUAUUGUGCAGCAGCUAUAGAAAUUGGCGAUGAAGAAUUUGUGGCAAACUAUCGAAUAACAAAAGAAAUUUUUUUGGAGCUUGUGGAGGUGCUCUCCCCAUACUUAAAGGCACCUUCUCGCAGAAGUGAUAUUCCCAUAAAAUUUAAGAUAUUGGUUGCUCUCUCUUUUUAUGCGACAGGCAGUUAUCAACGUAUCGUAGGAAGGAACUAUGGUACUGCAAUGUCACAGCAGUCAGUGUCAAGGUGUAUCAAAGAGGUGACCAAUGCGUUCAACCAAAUAAUAAUUCUACAAAAAUAUAUAAAGUUCCCUACUAAUGUUAAUGAACGGAAUGCUAUAAAGAUGAAAUUCUAUGAAAAAUAUGGAAUACCCGGUGUUAUUGGUUGUGUAGAUGGAACACAUGUGGCCAUGGUAAGACCAUCAGAGAAUGAGGAUUGGUAUUUCAACCGAAAACACUACCAUUCCAGAAAUGUGCAAAUUUUAUGUGAUUUUGAUCUAAAUAUUAUAAGUGUAGAUGCAUGUUUUGGUGGUGCUACCCAUGAUUCACACAUCUUUAACCAACAUGCAAUCAAAAAUCACCUAAUUGAUUUAGUGAACCAAGGGGAGACAGUGUAUUUGUUAGGUGACUCGGGGUAUGCACAAAGAGAGUACAUGAUGACACCAAUUGUCAAUGCUGCAGCUGGUUCUCCAGAAGAAUUCUAUACACAAAUACACUGUUCAGCUCGUAACAGAGUGGAACGAACGAUAGGGUUAUUAAAGGCACGUUGGCGGUGUUUGCUGAAGCAUAGGGUGCUUCAUUAUAAACCAGACAUGGUUUCAAAAAUAAUUAACGCAUGUUGUGUGCUACAUAAUAUGUGUAACACAGCACGCAUCCCCUCCCCCAGCGAAGUUAACCCUUCGCUGUCGUCGGGCACCGCGCAGCAGCCAUCGUCGGAGCCCGCGCCGAGCGCCGCUGCGCACAGCGCUGGAGCCACGCUGGAACUGCGCAGAGGAGUUGAAGCCCGGCAACGUAUAGUGAAUAUGUUGUGGACAAGGAGACGAACAAAUUAAUAAAGAUAUAUCAUA